AUGGAGCCAGGGUCGUGUGGUGCUGCGGGUCCUCCUGCUGAUUAUGUAUUUGGAAGUGGUGUGAAAGCACUUCCUGCAUUUGGUACUCAGGUAUUUUAUGAUUCAGCUAAUAGUUCAGCUUCUAAGCGCGCUGAAGUUGAUGAUGCAAACUACGUGCAUGGAGAACAUGAAAAGAUCCUGGAUCUUUUUCAGCGGAAGCGCCAUAGUUAUGGUUCUGUUGGUUUAUCAGAAAGUUCAAUCAGACAUGCUUUGUCGGUAACGAAUGUGGAGUUAUUGCACGAAGAUUUGCAAUAUUUGGUUCGAAAUGGACAUCUCUGCAGAACAAUCGACGAUGAGCACUAUGCUCUUAUCAUUGUUUGUUUGGAUAUGGCAACAUUUGCUGUAAAGAGCGAGUCAAAUUGGGAACAUGGCGUAAACGAAGACCUUAAGUUGUCGACUGGCUUUUUUCAGCGUUUCUUCGAGUGUGAUGGCAUCAUGACAGAGGUUCCAGUCUUACAACUUACCAAAAAAAUAACUGAACGCUCAGUUGGUUACUCGGAGUCAUGUUUUCGGAUGAGGUUGUCGGACGGUGCCUUUUACUAUUCUGGAGUGUUUGUUGUCAAACGUUUGGAAGAGCAAUGUGCUCGUGACAAGUUCGCUGGGAAUGGUGGAGAAAUUAUUGCGGUGACCAAACUGCAAAUUAAGCGUGGCUGUUGGAUCGGUAAAAAGAGUGACGGGAACCCAGGGCAAGUCAUUCCUAUGUUGGUUAUUAGCGGUUACGAGUUAUUGUCACGUGGGCAUCCUAUCCUUUCCAAGGGAGUAAGCCAUGACGGGAACAAGGAUGUGUUUGCUAAUUACUCACCGCUUCAAGUGUACUCGGUUCCUUGGAAAAAGUCAUGUGAUACUAAUAGUUAUCGUGAUUUACUAAGACAAGAUGCUCCUGUGCGGCGUAUACCGGUGGCUUCGGCUGAUGUGAAAAUUACGCCCAUCAGUUUGAUUACUCCGUAUGUUAACAAGUGGCGAAUAUGCGGUCUUUGUACAUCCAAAGAUGAACUGAAAACUAUCAGAUCACCGCGAGGUGGAGACCUUCUGGUAUUUAGUUUUGUGAUAACGGAUAAGGAUGGGAUCGCUAUCCGCAUAAGCAGUUUCAAUGAUGCUGCCAAAAAUGCAUUCGCGAAAGUUCAGCUUGGCUAUUCUUAUUACAUUUCCAAUUGUCUUGUGAAACAAGCAAACAAGCGUUUUAAUACAACUGGACAUGAUUAUGAAUUAUCGGUCAAUGCAAACACGGAACCACCGCUUGUACUCAAAAUUUGCCCAUUGGCAAAUGUGCCUGGCCAUAAAGAUGAGUUUAUUGAUGUGCUUGCUGUGGUCGACCAAAUAGAUCCUGUAAAUAAAUUUAUAUCGAGACAAGGGCGUGAAUGCGUCAAGCGAGACUUGAAUCUUGUGGAUCAAUCGGUUGUCGUAGUGCAACUGACUUUAUGGGGUGAUCAAGCCGAACACUUCGAGGAUGAUGUUCUUGGUCAAGUGAUAUCAAUUAAAGGGGCCUUAGUGAAGGAAUGGAAUGGAACGUUUAGUUUGGCAUUGUCAUCGGCGUCAAAAGUUGAGUUCAAUCCACAGUUUGACGGUGUUCAGACGUUGCUUGAUUGGUAUAUCACUAAGCGCAGAGCGGAAAAUGUUAAGAGUAUCAGUAUGGGUGCGAUUGGUGGGAGCAAUAUAUUUGGUUUGUAA